UAAAAAUAUUCUUAACACGUUGAAUGCCACGCCAGUUUUACAAGGUUUGGCCGUGGCUCCACAAUGAAUUUUUUUAUUAUACGAUACAUAUAAUGUUGAAAUAUUACCUACAAGAGAUAUGUUACGGUGUAUAAUCAUUAUUAAUGAAUUUAUCUCACUGAGGUCACCGGUGACCCCCAUGGCGCUGUAGUGCAAUUUCGCUCGAUCCACUUAAUUUUUGCGAUUAUCAGUUAUCUCAUAUUGUUUCUUCGCGUUGCUAAAUAAUUUUUCUAUACUGUUACGUCUCGGGACCUACCAUAAACCAUAAUCCAUCCCUCGGUCAUACUUAUUCGGACCCGCAAUAAUCCUAAAGAACCAUCACAAGAUUUAGCAUUUUUUACCUUACUGUCAAGCCCCUUAAUUGCCAUCAAACAUCUUACAAGUUGAAACGUUCCUUAGGGUUAUUGUUCAUUAAGGUAAAACACGGAAAAAGCGGGGUUUUCCCAUGUCCGACGGCCACUGGUGGGGGGCGCACAUAAUAGAUCUAUAUUUCAUGUAUAAAUAAAACUAUUUUUAUACAUUCUAUACUGCAUUCAUUUCGUCACACCAUUGUAGUAACGGUGGUAAUAAUAAAAAAUUUAUGACUAUUGACAUUUCUUCCAAUUAUAUAUUUUUACUAAUCUUGGUGCGCCGGUCACCGGUGACCUCCGUGGGGCCACGGUCAAGUUGAGUGCCGGUCACCGGUGACCCCCAUGACAUUCAACGUGUUAAAUAUAAAUAUAAAGUGUCGGACAAAAUGGUAGGACACUUUACCUAUUUGUGUAUUUCAUCUUGUUAAAAGAAGGAAAUAUUUCGCAUAUCCUAUAUGUUGAAUAUUUCCAGAAUAACACAUUAAAUUUCAUAUUCAUACGAUAAUACAUAUACAAUACAUACAAUGAGGAAGUUAGGGGAAAAAUAAGCAUGGACUGAUAUUAAUUGGAUAGUUAAUGUUAAGGUUGAUAGUUCUAUAUUCAAACGUAUAUACGUAAUAUUCAGUUAAUAUUCUCUCUCUUUGCUCGAUUAAUAUUCUCUCGUUUUGUUUGGUUAAUAUUCACAGGGUCAUCCCCACUAUUACCUGGAAUUGACCCGCUCGGAGUUCGCCCGAGGCGAUCGUCCGUGUUAUCUAAUUGGUAAUCGAUGGUGUCAAGUUACCAAGUCAUUGUAUGAAGAAAAAUAGAAUUUGUUUUUUUACCUUAUUAUUAUGAAACUAUUUUAAUCAGAUUGCUGAGGUUUUAGCAAUGGAAAUGAUACCGAACAUGACUACAUUCGAAUGACUUUGGACUAUUCGGAUUAAUCACGAUUAAGAAAAAAAAUGUAAAACGAAUAUUAUAAUUCAUUAGCAUUUUUCAUUCAGUUUCUUGAUAAUGUAGAAUAAAUCACUUUUUCGAAUGAUGUCCUAAAAAAUUGUGUUAUUUGAGCAAUUCUUGGAAUGCACUUGCUCGGGUAACACGGACCUGACAAACAUUAAUCAUUUAGCAAGCAAGAGACAAGUGAAGUCUACGAGACUACGCAGCUUUAUCCAAAUUCAUAAUUUAGUGGUGUCUUUAAAAAAAAAGAAGAAAUAGCAAUGAGUCGUGAAAAACGUCUUAAACGGUGGAAAAUUGAAGAAAUGAUUCGUUUAUGAUCAAACAAUUAUGCAAUUACCUAAAUUCACAAAAUAAUAAAGUGGAGUCGUAAUGUGAUAUUACAUAAUCAAUCACGAUACAAUCUCUUAGGAAACUCUGAAAGAGAUUUUCAUUUCGUAGUCGAAUAACUACUGACAGAAAUUGUAAGAAUGGAAAGUAGGUCAGUUUUAGAAUUUAUUCUUAAUUACCAAGGUGAAGUUCGUAGAAGUUGGAGUUAUAUACUUUAUAAAUUUGUAGUGAAUGAUUUUUCUUCUACGACAGAAGCAAAUUUGUGGCAGAAUGUUAAAUGGCCUGUUGUUAUUUUUCAACAUGCUGCUCUUUUAGAAAUAAUCCAUGCUGCAACUGGUUUAGUUAAAUCAAACCCUGUACUUACAACUUUUCAAGUGUUUAGUCGUAUUAUAGUAGUGAGUGGUGUAUUGUUGGCAACUCCAAAUAAUUAUGCGGCGUCAUCUUAUGGUCUUCCAUUAGCCAUCUUAGCAUGGUCAAUAACAGAAAUAAUUCGAUAUUUGUUUUACUAUAUGAAUCUCAAUGAAUUUGUUCCUUAUUUUCUCACAUGGCUAAGGUAUACGUUAUUUAUUGUAUUGUACCCAAUAGGUGUAACUGGAGAAUUAUUAUGCAUAUAUUCAGCUGUAAAUUAUGCAAACUCUCAUCCAGAAUUCUGGAGUUACAAACUUCCUAACUCAUGGAAUUUCAUAUUUAGUUAUUAUUUCAUUCUUAUAACUAUUAUGCUAUCAUAUAUUCCUCUUUUCCCACAAUUAUAUUUGCAUAUGUUUGCUCAAAGACGUAAAAUUAUAGGAGGUGAAACAUCCAAGAAAGCGAAUUAAUAUAAAGGAAAUUUUGAUAUAUUUUAUUAAUAUUUUAUAAUAUUUAUGAUAAAAAUAAAUAUUACAAUAUAUAGCA